AUGGAUUUAGACACUGAUGUUCCUAUGGAAGACGCCGUCGAGGACGUGCAACCUACCAACACAGAAUCACAGAAUCUAAGUAAGAAGCAUGCUGUGGCCGAAUCUUCAUAUGGCCAAUUAGAUCAAUGGAUUGAGAAAUUAUCCCAGUGUGAGCCUUUGAGUGAAGCCGAUGUCAAGAAACUUUGCGACUUGGCCAUCGAUAUCUUACAAUGUGAGGAAAACGUACAACCUGUGCAAGUGCCUGUUACAAUCUGUGGUGAUGUUCACGGUCAAUUUCAUGACUUGAUGGAAUUAUUCAAAAUCGGUGGUCCAUGUCCAGACACCAACUACUUGUUCAUGGGUGAUUAUGUGGACAGAGGCUACUACUCUGUGGAGACCGUCUCAUACUUGGUAUGUAUGAAGGUUCGUUAUCCCAAUAGAAUCACCAUUUUGCGAGGCAACCACGAAUCCCGUCAAAUUACACAAGUGUACGGAUUUUACGAUGAGUGUUUGCGCAAGUACGGUUCUGCCACUGUUUGGAAGUUGUUCACCGACUUGUUUGACUACUUCCCGAUCACAGCAUUGGUCGACAACAAAAUCUUCUGUUUGCAUGGAGGCUUGUCGCCAAUGAUUGAGACCAUAGACCAAGUCAGAGAACUAAACAGAAUACAGGAAGUUCCUCACGAGGGACCCAUGUGUGACUUGUUGUGGUCUGACCCAGAUGAUAGAGGUGGAUGGGGUAUUUCUCCAAGAGGAGCCGGUUUCACUUUUGGCCAGGAUAUUUCCGAACAAUUCAACCACACCAAUGACUUGAGCCUUAUUGCUAGAGCACAUCAAUUGGUCAUGGAGGGUUACUCCUGGUCUCAUCAAGAAAGCGUGGUUACCAUUUUCAGUGCACCAAACUAUUGUUACCGUUGUGGUAAUCAAGCUGCGAUCAUGGAGGUGGAUGAAAACCACCAAAGACAGUUCUUGCAAUAUGACCCAUCUGUGCGCCCAGGAGAGCCAACUGUUACGAGGAAGACGCCAGACUACUUUUUGUAA